AUGCCGGCUCAAUCAACAAUCCCAGUCAGAUCAGCUUCUUGCUCUGAUCCGGGGUUGACGACGAAGAUGGCUGCUCUCAAAAAUCGAGUUACCACUCGCUCUGAAACCAACUCCUCCAAGUCCAAUCUCUCCUACUGGCUGCGCUGGACCAACACCAACAUCCUCCGCUGCCGGAGAGGCGGCGACUCUGAAUUAACACAGGAAUCUCUUGAAGCCCAUAACCGAAAACACUCUUAUGUCCCUUAUGUUCUCGGCGAUUUACUGGACGACGCCGGCGCAAAUCACCGGUACAGAAAGUACGCCGGUAGCCCCGGACGAGACAGCCAUGCCACCACUUUUGCUAGCAAUUCAACUUCGUCUAGCUCCUUCUCCAUUUUCAUCCUCAAGAUGCAGGAGUUGGGUUCUUCUUGCUUCACCUUCAAAACCAGAACUACGACUGCUGCUGUCAUGGAGUCAACGAGAUCAAAAAAUUCACCGGUUACUCGUCAUCCUCAUAAGAACAGGGUUACAGCUGGUGAUGGGUCGAAGUCGGGUAAUGUUGAUAGGAGUGAAGCUUCAGUGGGUAAUGUUGGGAAGCCAUUGAGGGAGAGAGUACGAGCUACGUCAGAUGGGAAUGAUGAGGAUGAUGGUAAUAAAAAGGACUCGAGGACUGUUGAGAAGGGUAAUGAAAGAUUUGUAUGGGCAAAUAAGUAUAGGCCGAAAGCUUUAGAAAAUUUCAUUUGUAAUCGAGAUAAGGCUACCCAGUUGCAGACUCUGAUGAGCGAGGGAGGGUGUGAUCAUGUUAUCUUCCAAGGACCUCCUGGUGUGGGGAAGCGAACCAUGAUCCGAGCUCUACUUCGAGCAGCUUUUGGAGCUGAGAAUGUCCAGACAAAGACGAAGCCGAAGACUUUUGAUUUGAAGGGAGAAAUCAGAGGUAAGAUUGAGGUAAAUGUGAAGGAAUCUUCCCAACAUGUCGAGAUCAACGUAUCUGAUCUAAAGGGCUAUGAAAAGCAUGUUAUCGUCGAGCUUAUCAAAAAGACACAUAGCAGGAUCAUCCCUUCCAAGCCUUCCUUAAAUUCCAGUCCUGACUCUACUUGCCAAGCAAUUAUCCUGCGAGAGGCAGAUAAGCUAUCAACAGAUGCACUACUGUAUAUAAGGUGGUUGUUAGAGAGGUACAGGGGAAGUAACAAGUUCUUCUUCUGCUGCUCUGAUAUUUCGAAGCUUCAGCCCAUUAAAUCACUCUGUACAGUCGUUCAGCUUUUCCCACCUUCCAAACAAGAGAUCAUUGAAGUAUUGGAGUUCAUAGCCAAUCAAGAAGGCAUAGAUUUGCCUUACCAACUAGCAGAGAAGAUAGCCGAAAACUCCAAGAACAAUCUCCGCCAAGCUAUCCGUUCAUUCGAGGCUUGCUUUUACUCAUGUUAUCCGUUCAAGGAAGAUCAAGAAAUUUUGACUGGGUGGGAAGAAGAUAUUGCAAAUAUUGCCAAGAACAUCAUUGAAGAGCAAAGCCCUAAAGAGUUGUAUGUAAUCCGUGGUAAGCUUAAGAAUCUUAUAGAGCAUGAUGUCUCCCCUGAAUAUAUCUUCAAGACUCUGGUAGAAGAACUAAAGAAACAUCUUGAUGAGGCGAUGCAGCUCCAAGUUCAAAGUCUAUAUGAGGAUUACAACAGGAAUAGCGGAAAUAUGUUUGAGAGCGAAAAAAGUACAAGCUUUGGACGUCGUAGCAAUCCCAUGAGAAAGAACCUUGAACAUUUCUUAAGGAUUGAAGAGUUUACGGCAAAAUUCAUGAGCUGCUACAGCCAUCAGUCACGAAAAUCAAAUACCUGCAACCUCAGGCCCACUAUCAAUGGCGAUUGUGAAGGUGAAGAAGGGAAAACGAUGUCCUGCUGA